AUGAAGAUGUUCAACAUCUUCCGCGCAACGAAGGCCAGCACUGGCCAAGAAGAAUGUGAUGAUAUGAGCACGGGCACGGGAGGUGAAGGACGGAAAGGCGAUGUAGAAGAUCCUCGAGGCAACCAGGGUACUGCUUUUAUCCAUGCAAUAUAUAUAUUGAUAGCCCAUAUUUUUGCACGAAUCAUCAACCUCCUUCCAAUGCCUGAGAAGAAAGUCCCCAAUUACAACCUCACGGCGAUCAACCCCUAUAGACGUGUCCCGUACCCUCCUCUUACCUCAGGAACAGAGACAGGUUUGGUCUGCAAAUCGAAGUCUUGCAGGACAAGACCUACCCAUUCGACUGUGUACUUUAAAUCCCAACAUAAGCAUUUAACUGGCGUCAAGUGCCCAAUUGACUCCAGCAAAGACGGAUUGCUUCGAACCUACAACACUGAACAUUUUCAAGAGCAACUCCGCUUGCUAAAUCGACGAGUAGUUGAUUCCGCCGCCACUGUCAUCAACAACAGUGUUACCACCAACGAUUUUAUGGAAAUCCAUCGGCUCAUGAAUGCCCCACCUACUCCCCCUGCUACUCAGGCGUCCACCAGCACCACUACGGAACGAAGUCCUGCAGGCACUGCGAACAACUCUUCACUUGAAUGCAAGGGAGUAAAUGGUCAUAUCGCUGCAGGCCAUCAAACCCGCAAGAAUGAGAGAUGUCCCGUCAACGCUUGCAAAGCCUGUUGUUUGGCACUCAACACUUCCGGUCUCACCCCAUGUCCCAAGCACAACUCGAUGGCCAAGCGACAACAGAAGGAAAUCGAAGAGAACGGAAGGGUGUCAAUUAUUCCCUCACUACCUAACCGGAACAUCAUCGACAUUAUCUCAUCACCAUCCGUUGCAGAACCUGGUGAACAGCCAAAGGCUCCUCUAGCAAUAACUCAGGGAGGACGAAGCAACGGUGUCAGAAAGUAUAAAGGGAAAGUGCAAACCGAUUUCCUCGACGAAUAUAGGAGAAUGAGUUUAGAGCAAAAAGCCGCAGCACGGAAGCGCACAGCGAAGGCUGAGACUGCAAGCAAGACCAUUGCAUUGGUCGUCUGGGCGGGCUCGGAGGAACACCCUCUUGGAUACUGGGGAGGCUGGGCGCACGCCGCGAGCUGGCCAGAUUUUUGUUUGGCCGAAUGCAACGAGAUCAAUGAACUAGUUGCUCAGCAGCUAGGUGCGAAUCCAAAAGCCAAAUUGCAAGUUUGGAAUGAGGAUAACCAACUAUGGCUUCACACGUCGAUGGACAUCGUAGUUACUUACCCAGUAAAGAUUCGCAAGAUUUUGGUCGUAUUCCCCGGUCUCGACCCAUCUGAAUGCAACGACGUCGACCGCCACUUAGCGUCAGUUUCCACAGGCGACAGGAAGGCUAGCAUGACCAUGGCCGCUUUUAUACAGCGCAAAGAAUCAGUGACACCUAAAAACAAGGUCAAAGGCAAGGCUAGGAUGAUCAAUCUGGUGACGCCACCUGAGCCUGUUAGUCAGCAGAUUACACCACGUGGCCGGGACCAAAGCACUCCGACUCAACCCAGCGAAACUCCCGACGACAACAUUCCAACGGACUCCUCAACAAGACCACCUCUCCAAUCAGGCUCACACCAAGGUAACAAGCGUUUACGCUCUCCGUCUAUUGAUAUAGGCAGUAGUAGUACCUUGACCAAUGGCAACGACUCAUCAAACAUACGACCGGCAAAGCGUAAACGAUCUAGGCAAGGACCAAUGUGGUCUAAUGUCGCCACCAUGGCUGAAUUGUCACGUCUAUAUCUCCUUACUCUUGAUGGACCGCAAAAGCUGAAUAACAAAGAAGCUUUUGAUGUUGUAUUUGGAACUCGAUUUACAUAUGCCACAUCCACUAUAUCGCAUUAUGUAAGAUGGUGCGAAGACCUUGACCAUGAAAAUCGACUUGCACCGUUUGUAGCUCGCAACAGCAAUAUGAAAGUGGCCAACGCUCGCCAGAAUCAUUUCCUUGCCGAGUGGAGGCGGACAGACUCGCGUUUUGACAAUGCAAAGCCGGUCAAGCAAGUCAAGCUCUAG